AAAAUCAAAAUCAAAAUCCAUGUUUCAUCACAAUAACGAACGAUAACUGUUUUUUUUACAAUUUUUUUUAUUUAAUGAUAUUAAUAUUGUCAAAAAAACUUAAUGAUAAUAUUCUGAAUCAUUAAAGAUAAUAAUUUUCCUAGCAUCUAAUAUGUAAUAUAAAUGCAAAAAUACAUCAUGUUAAUAAUAUUUUUAAGUUUCAGUAAGAUUGUUUUAGUUGAUUUAACGUUAACUAUUUACAACAUCAAAAAUACAUCUUGAUAUCCAUGAUUUGUAUUAUUUACAGGACUCUUGAAUUAUUAUUUUAAUAACUUUAUCUUUUAAAAACUUAAUUUAUAAGUCAAUUUUGAAAGAUAAUUAUAUAGAUGAAGCAUGAAACUAAGAAAUAACCAAUCAAGAUUUUAUAAAACCAAAAUCUAGAAAUCAAAAGCAAAUCUAAAAACCAAAAACUAAAAUUUUAAAAACAAAAACUAAGUAUUUGACUUGGUUUUUCACAUUUUGACAUUAAACUAAUCUUAGAAAAAACAUUGGUGAGAACUUUGAAAAAAAUCGGAAAUUAUUAAUUAAUCUAGGAUUCUUCAUGUCAUACUUGGAUUUUGUUGUCACAUGUUCUCAUAUUUCUCUUCUACCCAUGUUAUUGCAGCCUUGAAAAUAUUGAAUUGUUGCAUUCAUUAAUUUUAUACAUAAUCAGGUUUUCUAGAUAAUGUUUAUUAGACCCAAAAAAACACACGGUUAUAAGAUAACGAUGAUCUCAACAAGGAGGAAAAUAUUUUCCUUUAAAUUCGGGAAUCUCGUAAAGUAGAACCGUAAUAGGAAAAGUAUCCAGAUGACAUUCUAAUCCUAAUUAUAUUGGAACUCUGCUCUUUACGUAUAUAAAUCAGACCACUAAGAAGAACAAAGUACUCGCAACAGAUACAAUACAUGGAGGAAGAUGGCACUUUAGUACGAGCAGAUGACCCAAAGUCAUCUGAAUCCUGCCGUCUUUACUUCAAGAGUUUGAUCAAGAAGGAAACAACUACUGUUUUGGCCGGAUAUCAAGUUGCCAUCUGCGACAAAGACAACAAGCUGUUGUUUCAGAUGAAGGGAUCACUUCAUGACUCGGCCACUACAGUUCUGGAGGCUGAGCUUAUGGCAUUGAGACGAGGACUAAUUGAAGCUGUGCGUUUAGGGAUCACUCAUAUCUCAGUUUACUGUGAUUAUCAAACUAUUUUCGAAUUGGUCAUGGGGAGAUCCGUGCCUGAGCAGCAAGAUAGUAUUGCCUUGCUAAUGGGUGAUGUGCAACGCAUCAGACAGCAAUUGACAUCUAGUAUCCCUGUUCUGGUGACCGAAGACCAAACUAAGUUUGCUUAUAAACUUGCAAUGGAAACUGUAGUUUCGGAAAUCAGCAUUAAUAUGCCUCUUGCUCAGAAGAUGACUUGCCCUAUCUGCUUUGAUGAUGACUUGGAAGCUCAUCAGAUGUUUUCUGUUGCUUUAUGUUGCCAUCAGUUCUGCUUCGAGUGUGUGAGACGAUAUAUAAACGUGGGACUGAUGGAGGGAAGAGCAUUCGGAUGUCCUCAUUUUAAAUGCAAGUCUAAGCUUACACUUAGAAGUUGUUACAAUCUUCUGACACCUAAACUAAGGGAGAUGUGGCAACAAAGGAUCAAUGAGGAAUCGAUUCCCGUUGUGGAGAGAGUUUACUGCCCAAACCCGAGGUGUUCGGCUUUCAUGUCGGAAACCGAGCUCUCUAAAUCAUCUGAGUCGAUGAGAAGUUGCAUCAAAUGCGAUCAACCCUUUUGCAUCAACUGCAGAGUUGCAUGGCAUAGUAACUUGUCAUGUGCAGAUUACAAGAGACUGGGUCCGAAUCCUACAGAGAAUGAUAUAAAGCUCAAAGCACUAGCCAAUCAGAAAAUGUGGCGUCAAUGUGGAAGAUGCCAACACAUGAUCGAACGAAAUCAUGGAUGCAGCAAUGUAGUUUGCAGAUGUGGGUAUUCGUUUUGCUACCAAUGUGGAGCUCAAUGGACUCAAGGAGGUUGCCCCCAUCGAAAAAGGACAAUUGCGGCGGAGACUCGUGGAGUUUUGAUCAUUGUUUUACUUGUAUUAGGCAUUUUUACUAUAUCUAUACACAUGAUAUAAGACAUACGGCCUUGCGCAGAGUAAAUUUAUAUGAAAAUUAUUUACGAAAUAUUGUAUGAAAAUAAAAUUUAUAUUCUUUAUCGAAUUUAUAUUUUUGGCCUUUAAAUAAUUUUUUAAAAACUUUUUUGUUAAUUACAUAAUUUGUUUACUGAUGAGCUUAUUAUAUUUUUAAUAAUAUUUUAGGUCAAGAAUCUCAUACCUACUAUUUGG